AUGAUAAUAGUAUUAUUAUUAUUACUUCCAUUAUAAAUAGAAACAUGCAAUUAUCUCUGUUUAAAUUUUGAUUAGAAUAACUCUGAAAAAUGUUUGAGUUGUUCUCCUAAGAAAAUUGAAUGUAAAUAAUUAAUGCAUUUGUUAAUAGAAUUAUCAAGAACAAUCUAGUAGUUAAAAAGUCAUAUUUGUUUCAAAUGUAAUUCUAAUUUGUCUUACUUGCAGUUUUGAUAAUCUAAAUAAAUGUUUAAGUUGUGGAGAUCCAAAUUUAACUAAUAGAAUACUAUUUAAUGAUAAAUGCUAAUGUUUAGAAGGUUUCUUCGAAAUUAAGACUUAAUAUGGUUAAUUAAAAUUACUCUUAUCUAAUGAAGGUCAGUUAUAUAAAGAAGAAAUAAUUGAUUCUUUAAAUGGUGAGUUUUAUCAUAUUGUUGAUGACAAUUUAUUUUUUUUAGCAAUUAAGUAACAUUAACCUUAGGGGAUUGGUUGGGAUAUUGGAACUAAUUCAUAAAGUUAUGCUUAACCUUACUUUAGAGUGAUAAAUGGAAAAGAGUAUAAAUUCAAUCUAUUCUAACAUUUUGAUAAUGGGAAUUUAUUAAUUUAAAUUGUAAUAACUGAUGGUCCUCUAAUAUAAAAUAGAAUGGUCUUAAUUUUUUUAGAGAGAAAGUUAUCAGAGGAAGACAAUUAUUAUAUGCAAUGUUUCUGCUUGAUUAGUUAUAAAUCAGAAUCAAUUAUAGGAAAUGCUGAAUUAAGUUAAAUGUAGAUAACUUAAUGGGUUUUAUAAUUUCAUGUACUGAUACAAAUUGUUAAUAAUGUCGAUUUGACUCAGAAGGAAAUGAAUAUUGUGAAUAAUGUAAUCCUUAUUUCUCAUAUAAUUGGGAGUUGA